UCAGUCUGUCUUCUCCCUCUCCCCACUCCUUCUAUCUCCCCAUCCUUUCUCCCCUUCACUCUCUCACUUCAUCUCCUCUACCUCCCUUCCCCUCCCCUCAGUUUUCCUUAAGUGGCCUUCUGAAUAGGAAUGGACCAGGGUUUUAGGCUGCGUGUUGCUACUGAUGUCCACCUGACAGCACAGUAGAGAUCACAAUGUCCAGGGGGUGGAGCUGGAGAGCACCAGGCUGGUAAUCAGGUACCCAGACCACUGGAUGCAGAGAACCCCUCCCUCUCCUCAGAGGACCAACCCUAUAGGCCUCAACACCUCCUCCGCCUCCAAGUACGCCUUCACAGGGACCAGGAGGAUGGCUCCCAUCAAUGGUAACGAGUGUUUCUUCUGGAGGACCACCGGCUGUUUCUAUGGUGACAAGUGUCGCUUCAAACACAAGCCUGACCAGAAAGGAAGAGACAGGAAGGCUCCGGCCUUGGAGCGGGAUGCCGUGCCUGGACCGGGCACCAGCGCAGAGGAAGGCUCCUGCCAUGGAGCAGGACUGGACGCUGUGCCCAGGCUGGUCACUGGCACAGAGGAAGACUCCGGGCAUGGACUCCGGGCCUGGUGGCACGCACUUCAGGGCGAGUGCGAGGAGCAGGCACAGGACGUACCAGACUGGGAAAGCGCACUGGUGGCCUGGUGCAUGGAGCCGGCACAGGUGGCACCACAGGUGGCACCACAGGUGGCACUCCUUGGGUCGACCGAACACCUCUCUAUCUCCUCCCAGGUGGUCUGUGGCUCUCUCCGUUCACGCUUCUCCAAUUUCUCCAUCUUCUCCCAGAUGUGCUCUGGUUCCCUCCUCGGCUCCACCAACUGCCCCGUGUGCCCACCCCCAAAUGUUUUUAGCGCGAACCCCGGCGUCGGCGCUGUCCUCCCUUUUCUCCUUGCGUCUGCCGCCAAAGGCGGCGAUCCUGUAUUUUCACUUUUGGAUGAAAGGCGUGCCCAGAGUAAACUGCCUCCUACUCUUUCCCAGAUGGAAAUAUAUGCAUAUUAUUAUUACUGGUGGACAGAAAACACUCUGCAGUUUCUAAAACUGUUUGAAUUAUGUCUGUGAGAAGAAAUCCAAACAGGAAGUGAGAACUCAAUACAGAAAACAGUGCCAUUGGAUGUCCAUGUUAGAUAUGGAUGAGCAUGCACUUCCUAGAGCUGCCACAAGAUGUCACCGUCUUUACAUUCUGGUUGUAUGAUUCAAGUAUGAAGGAGGGGCUUAUAGCAGCUCUUUUACUGAGUGGUCUGAUAGAAAGCCUCGGUCUCGUUACGCGCCGUCACGAGAGGGUGUACUUGAGUUCCAAUGCGUUUCUUCAGACAAUGAAAUUCUCCGGUUGGAACCUUAUUGCUGAUUAAUGUUUAAAAUAUCCUAAAUAUGGUUUGCAUACAUCAUUUGACGACCUGUACCGGAACUUUUUGAGUUUUUGUCUGGAGGAAUUGCUCGUGCUUUUUGAGGAUGGAAUGAUGGGCUGAACAAGCAAACAACAAGUGGCUAAAUUAUGGGCUUUUUGGAACUUUAUGGAACAAAUCAGUCAUUUAUUGUCGAACUGGGAUUCCUGGAACUGCCUUCUGAUGAAGAUAUUCAAAGACUGCAGGGUGGGAGAUGCAACAAUGGCCUUGAGAACAGCAGGAAGUGUGUUGGUGGUCUUUCUCUGGUCUGUAGCAGACACUCCACAUCCCAACUCAGUUUCCCUCAGCCCAUCCCACCCAUCUCUGCUGGCCACAAUCUUUGGAUUUCUACACACCAUGUAUCUUUCAACUAUGCUGUGAUGUUUAACAUACAAUUUGAAUAGAUGUAAUCAAAUAGAAUCCACCGAUUGCGAGUUGAUUCGUAAGAGUAUUAGUAUGUUAGUAAUUGACUGACCAGGUCUCUC